AUGUGGACUCUACCAAAGGAAAGAAGGUGUCUCGGUGUUGUAGACAUCCAAAUACAAGCUUCGACUUUGUAUUUUCGUUGGCUCCACCCAUUACUGGUUCAAGAUCAAGAUGUCAUUGAUUCCCAUCCUGUGUCGUACCUCUUAAGCUACCACAUCCGCAAUGUUAAUGGUUAUCCCCACCAUCAAAUCCCGCUGCUAUUUCCCUCUGCUCGCCGUACUAAGGGGUUGAAAAAGCAACGCACGGGAACUGUCGAUAUGUUAUAUCGUGCAGUUGACUACCUUCCCAAGUCGUUUGAUGCGGCCCCGAUCAAUACUGCAACUGCCAUGACUCUUCCAUUACAGGCGGCUUUCUAUGUUCCUCCAUCCUCCUCACUGGUUGUUCCUCUUAAAGUCAAAGUGAUGAUGGUUUCUGAUAAGCGAGCCCCUUCAACAGUGUUCAGAGGCCUCGCAUCUGGCACUCUUAAAUUCCAGCCCUACUUCCUCCCAGUGUAUAACCCAGCCCCCCUUGUGGAUCCUGGAGUCUCUUUUGCACCGCUGGUGGAUCAAUUUUGUCUGAACGAUGGCCAACCCCUUGGAAAUGCUCAGGCUUCGGCCAAAACAUUUCGUCUGUCUGUGCUGUCGUCGAUGGAACAACCCUUGGUCUUGCAGAAUAUCUCUGCUUCUCAUUGGAAAUUCUUUUGGCCCCUGUCUCUUACCUACAUUCAACGUAAUGUGAUAUACCGGCUCAUCACAGGCUGUAUCCCUUCUCGAAGCAGAUUACACUACAUGAUGCCUGGAGUCUUUGAGUCUCACAAUUGUCCUGUCUGCUUGUCUCCCAAUGAAACUGCCAGCCACCUGCUCUUUGACUGUCCACCCAAAGAAAAGGUAUGGCAAGGCGUCAUUUUUGAAUUCCUAUGGCCCACCACGUCCAUCACUGACAUCAAAGAGGCUCUUUUGUCCCUGGACUUUUCGGAUAUCUGGUACUCCCAAGUCAAAGGCAUCCACCCAUACAUAGUCCUACUCAUCACCCUGUCUCAAAUAUGGCUAGCCCAUAUGCGCUUUGUUUUUGACAACAUCAUCCUUGUCCCUGAGGCGAUUCUGGUGAAUAUCCGCUUCACUGUUCGCCAGACAGUGGAUGAGGAUCAAAUCCACUCCCUCUUGUAG